GAGGGAGGGAUGUUCUCACUCACUUGCUCAAGAGUAAGAAAUGUUCAUGACACUCACUUGUUCACUCUCCUCCUCUCCCUCCAUUUCCAAGUUCAUCUCCUCUCACCCUUCCUUAACCCUCCUAGAAAGCAAAUGCACUAGCAUGAGAGACCUCCACCAAAUCCACACCCAAAUCAUCAAAACUGGCCUAGCCAAAGACCCUUUUGCCAUCAGCCGGCUCCACAACUUUUGCACAAACUCCGCCUUUGGCAAUCUCAACUAUGCAAUCCUCCUCUUCUCUCACACUCAAAAUCCAACUCCAUUCAUGUGGAAUUCCCUCAUCCGAUCUCUCUCCAAGAGCUCAGCUCCACACUUAGCCAUUUCUCUCUUCAUUGACAUGUUACACUCUCCUACACAACCUCAACGCCUCACUUACCCUUCUCUCUUCGUCGCAUACGCGCAACUUUGCUCGGCUCGCGAAGGUGCUCAGGCCCAUGGGCUUGUCGUCAAACACGGGCUUGAUUCCGACCGUUAUGUGCUCAAUUCUAUGAUUUCUAUGUAUGCGACGUGUGGUUAUUUACCCGAGGCCUAUCGGUUGUUUGAUGAUUGUAACGAGUUUGAUUUGGUCCCGUACAAUUCUAUGAUCAUGGGAUUGGCUAAGAAAGGAUUGAUUGAUGAGUCUAGAUGCUUGUUCGAUGAAAUGCCUUCAAAAAGUUUGAUUUCUUGGAGUGCUAUGAUUAGUGGUUACGUGAGAAAUGGGAAGGAUAGCGAAGCAUUGGAUCUAUUUCAUCGAAUGCAAUGCGAAGAGGUCGGGCCUAAUGUGCACAUAAUGGUUAGUCUAUUAGGCGCAUGUGCAAGCUUAGGAGCCUUAGAGCAAGGCAAUUGGAUUCAUGAAUACAUCGAUAAGAACAAACUUGAGUGCAAUUCAAUUGUAAUUACAGCGCUUAUCGAUAUGUACUGCAGGUGUGGCGAUUUAGCUAAGGCUAUACAAGUGUUCGAUAAUGCAUCGGUAAAAUCCUUAUCUACAUGGAACACAGUGAUUUUGGGGCUAGCGAUCCAUGGACAUGGAAAAGAUGCGAUCCAAAUGUUCUCAAGGCUCGAAUCUUCUGGGAUAAGCCCAGAUCGUGUAAGCUUUAUCAGUAUUCUCACUGCUUGUAGCCACUGUGGAUAUGUUGACAAAGCACGAUACUAUUUCUCGUUAAUGAGCGAAAUAUACAACAUUGAGCCUGGAGUCGAGCAUUAUGGUUGUCUAGUCGAUGUGUUAGCCCGAAAAGGGCUAAUAAAAGAAGCAGAAGAACUAAUAUCUACAAUGCCGAUGAAAGCUGACAAGAUAAUGUGGGGAUCAUUAUUAUCGGGAUCUAGGAGUAUCAGAGAUAUUGAGAUUGCUACACGGGCUGCGAUGGGGAUUUUCGAGUCGGAUCCUCGGGAUAGCGGCGGAUAUGUGAUGCUAGCGAAUGGAUAUGCAAACAAUGAGGAAUUUUUCGAUGCAGCGAGCAUGAGAAUGGCGAUGAAAGGGAAGGGAGUGAGGAAAGAGCCUGGGAGUAGCAUGAUUGAGGUGAAUGGGUGUGUUCGUGAGUUUGUGGCGGGAGGAAUUUUGCAUACUCAAGCGGUAGAAAUUUUUGAAGCGUUGAAUGGGCUAGGUUUGAAUAUUAAAUCGGCCUUCAAUUUGUUUGGUGACGGGAAAUAGAGAAGCCCAAUAGCCACGUCACCUUGUAUGGUGGAAUACAUUUUCCUAGGAGAUCCAUGGGCCACAAGCCCAUUGCAGAGCAAAAAAGGACUUUCUUUUUAAUUCGUGAUAUUUUGAGGUCACUUGUAAUAAUGACCUAUAAUAAAAUAAGAGUCGUAAAAAAAAACGUAAUUUAUUUGUAGAUA